GUCACAUGUCGGAAAGUCCCAGAGCCUGCUGGAAAUCCCCGAGCUCAUAUAUUACCCGGCUGAAAGAAAGGAAAAAGAGAACUUGCGCAGUCGUUUGCUUCAAGUCCAGCUAGGAGCUGGUGGGGGUGGAGCAGCUGGGAGAGGAGGCCGGCGGUGGUGGAGAGACAUCCUCCAACAGCAGUAGCAGCCUCAGCUCGGCCGGGGACCGAGGCAGGCAGGUCGGCCGGCCGGGACUAGCGCAACCCUUUGCACCGCGAGCCAGCCUGCUAGCUUCAAGAUGCCCAUGGAGCGCCCCGCCACCGCUGCUUUUACGAAUGCUGCCAACCUUCUCGUGCAUUAAUUCGGGACUUUUGCAUUUCGUUGGGCGCUCACUCCUGCUGCACUAAGGUAUUUUACAACAUGGCUGAACAGCAGGUUCUUCCCCAGGCUUUGUUUCUGAGCAACAUGAGAAAAGCUGUGAAGAUAAGAGAGAGAACCCCUGAAGAUAUUGUCAAGCCAACCAAUGGGAUCAUUUAUCACUUUAAGACCAUGCAUAGAUAUACAGUGGAGAUGUUCAGGACUUGUCAGUUUUGUCCUCAAUUCCGGGAGUUUAUCCUUGUCGCUCUAAUUGACAGGAGCAUCCAAACUUCACUAGAAAGCCAGAGAAAGCUCAACUGGUGCCGGGAAGUUAGGAAGCUUGUGGCACUGAAAACGAACGGGGAUGGGAAUUGCCUCAUGCACGCUGCAUCACAGUAUAUGUGGGGUGUUCAGGACACUGACUUGGUCCUGAGGAAGGCACUAUACAGCACCCUGAGGGAGACUGAUAUCCGCAACUUCAAAUUCCGUUGGCAGCUGGAGUCUCUGAAAUCCCAAGAAUUUGUGGAAACAGGCCUCCGUUAUGACACCAGGAAUUGGAAUGAAGAGUGGGACAAUCUUAUCAAAAUGGCAUCCACAGAUACAUCAGCGGCCCGGGGUGGGCUUCAAUAUAAUUCACUUGAAGAAAUCCACAUAUUUGUUCUUUCUAACAUCCUCAGAAGGCCAAUUAUUGUUAUUUCAGACAAAAUGCUGAGAAGCUUGGAAUCUGGUUCCAGUUUUGCUCCUUUGAAAGUUGGUGGAAUUUAUUUGCCUCUCCAUUGGCCUGCCCAGGAGUGUUAUAGAUAUCCCAUCGUCCUUGGUUAUAACAGCCAGCACUUUGCACCACUGGUCACUCUAAAGGACAGCGGACCUGAAAUCAGAGCUGUUCCACUUGUUAACAGAGAUCGAGGAAGGUUUGAGGACUUGAAGGUUCAUUUUCUAACAGAGCCAGAAGCAGAGAUGAAAGAGAAGCUACUCAAAGAGUACUUGACAGUGGUAGAAAUCCCUGUGCAAGGCUGGGACCAUGGGACAACUCAUUUAAUCAAUGCUGCAAAGUUGGAUGAAGCCAACUUGCCCAAAGAGAUCAAUCUGGUAGAAGAUUACUUUGAGCUCGUUCAGCAUGAGUACAAGAAGUGGCAGGAGAAUGCUGAGCUUAAUCCCGGAGAGGUCCAUGCUAGGAAUGGGCUGGAAGCCCACCUGCCCCAGCUCUCCCUCAUGGAAGUCAAAUGUGAAACCCCAAACUGUCCUUUCUUCAUGUCUGUGAACACUCAGCCUUUUUGCCACGAGUGCUCCGAGAGGCGGCAAAAUACCCAAAAUAAACCAAGAAAACAGAACUCUAAGCCAGGGGUGGAGAAACUCAUGGGUAUAGGCCUGGGCACUUCUCCGGGGGAAACUUGUGAGCCUGCUGGGUGGAAGCCUGAGGAAUCACCAGCAGUGGGACCUCACUCUGCGCCCCCGACCGCUCCCAACCUCUUUCUGUUUAGUGAAACAACUGCAAUGAAAUGCAAAAGCCCCGGUUGUCCUUUCACCUUAAAUGUGCAGCACAAUGGCUUCUGUGAACGGUGUCAUAAUACUCGGCAGCUCAAUCCUGGCUGUGACCUGAGCAACCACAGGCCUUUGGAUCCUGGGAAGUGUCAGGCGUGUCACCAGGAUGUCACCAGGACCUUUAAUGGCAUUUGUAGCACUUGCUUCAAACGGCCUACAGAACCUUCCCCUGUCAUCAGCUCCAGUUUCCCUCCUUCCUACCAUCAGAGAUCAUUCUCUGAUCCCUUGCAGCUAAGCCAGAGUAUCCAUCAGCACCCCUGCCGCAGAACUGGUCACGAGGCCUCUUCCGGAGCUAUCUCCCAGGCUGGACAGAAUCUGGAGAAGAGGACUGGAACGAGUAAAUGCCGAAAAGCUGGUUGCAUAUACUUUGGGACUCCAGAAAACCGAGGCUUUUGUACACUGUGUUUCAUCGAAUAUCAAGAAAAUAGCCGUGACCCCCCUGCUUCUGGUCAGACUGAUCCCUCAGCCUCUAGAUUCCAGAAUGCCAUUCCCUGCCUAGGGAGAGAAUGCGGCACACUCGGCAGUACCUUGUUUGAGGGAUACUGUCAGAAAUGUUUCAUCGAAGCCCAGAACCAGAGAUUUCACGAAGCGAAAAGGACUGAAGAACAGCUGGUGAGACAAUCAGAGAGAUCCAGCCAGUGCCGAGACAUUCAGCGAACAACCCAGACCUCUCAGAGGAAAAAAUGUGCCAAAGCGGCAUGUAAGAAUUUUGUGGCCCACAGAGGGGAAGAGCUGUGUACGGAGUGUCAGCGACAUAAUCAGCGACUGGGGCCUGGCAUCCACAGAGGGGAGCCCACGACAGAAGAACUGCCCAAGCAACGCUGCCGAGCCCCAGCCUGUGACCACUUUGGCAACACCAAGUGUAAUGGCUAUUGCAAUGAGUGCUAUCAGUUCAAACAGCUAUAUGGCUAAUGGAAACUAGCCAGACCACCUCCCAGACAUGAAAGAACACUUUCUUGGGGGGCCAAAAUGGUGAUGUCCUGUAAACAUUGAGCUGUUUCGCUUGAGGGCUGGCCCCUGGAAUCGGGUAUACUAAGGAAGUUUUAGUAUAGGAGAGGAAGCCGUUCACCAGGGGUCUGGCAGCAGAUCUGGUCACCCGAGGAUUGUGGGAUCCAGGGCACCUCUAGAAAAAUUAACCUUCUGCCCUAGGGUACAAAGUCUUGCGUUUGGCAGUUGUUGAUUUCUAGGAUCACCCUAAGGCCACCCCCCUGCUAUGAGUUCAUACUGUUUCCACAUCCUAAGACUUGGGGACAUGGCGAAACCUGGAAUGCCCACUGUACCUGGACACAUAACUUGUACUUUUGGGUGUGAAUACCUCCCUCUCACCUUGCGAGUCCUAUCUGAUGUUACAGGGCAGAGAUACACAUUGGAAAGCAUGUAGAAUGCUGAAUCUCCUUUUGCCUUAGCCCCCAGCUCAGUUAGUCUCAUGGGCAGCUAGGUGGUGCAGUGGAUGGAGCACAGGCCCUGGAGUGAGGAAGACUCAUCUUCCUGAGUUCAAAUCCAGCCUCAGAGACUUGCUGUGUGACCUUGGCCAAGUCACUUAAUUCUCUUUGUCUCAUCUGUCAAAUAAGCUGGAGGAAAUGGCAGACCACUCCAUUACCUUUGCAGAGAAAGCCCCAAACAGGGUCGUAGAGUCAGACACGAUUGAGCAACAACUCCAGCAGCAGCAAGUCUCCUGGAUUUGAACCUGGAUUCUCCUGGUUAAAAGACCUUCCAGGGGAUGCUCAAGCAAGCUCAGGGAGAAAAUGUCUCCAAGGAGAGGCAGGAGCCUGCCAAGUAUUCUUUUCCCUUAUCUGCUGGUUCCUGUCACAUGGAAUAUGACAAAAGUGGACCUGUUCAUGGAUUCUGGAAUCAAUCAAUAGCUGCUGAAUCUAAGUGACAAGGAGAAAUAGGAGGUGAAAUGAGGAAAAAAAAAAAAGCUGCUCUUUUUUUUCCCCUUAAUAUGCACCUUUUUAAAGACAAAACAUUUGGGGUAGAUGACAUAGCCUUUUUAGUUGUCACUAUCCUCCCCCUUAGAGCAAUUGACAUGACGUGAGGUAUGAAUGCCAGUUGUAUACAUAUAUAAUUGAUUUGGGAUCAUAGAUGUAGAUCUGGAACCUCAGGGGUUCUCUAGUCCAACUCUGAUUGUACACACAUGGAAAUUGAGGCCCAGAGAGGCGGCCAGACAGGUGGUAAGCAAAAGAAGCAUGGUUUGGACCCAGGUUCUCUUGACUCCAGAACUAAUCAUAUGUCCUUAUAUUAUAUAUGAGGGAUUGUUUUAUAAUUAGAUUAUAUAUUGCCCUAUCUGUAUAAGAGAAAACAUAAGUAAUAACCUGUUUUUUUGGUUGUUGUUUGGGCACAACGUGCACAGUUUGUAAAAAGAAUCAGACUUGCUACCUUUUUUCAAGGGAGUAAAAACUAAGGUUAUUCUUUGUAAUUGUUGAAAUAUUUUCAUGUGAUUUACUUUAUUUAUUUUAUUAUAAACUUCUUGGUUAUUUAAAUGUACAUUUCUUCUAUUUGUAAAAUAAUAGAAUUUCUUGUGGGGGGUGAUGAAUUUAUUACAGUUCCUAUUGUGGAAUUUGGACUAUUCUUGACCACUGUGACAAUAUGUCUCUUGCCUAAAAAAACACUUUGGUUCCCUUCUGACAGAAAAGGGAAGAAAUAAAAAGUAAAUUAAUUCAA